AUGUCUCAAGCAUCGUCGCAUACCGCAGAACCAAAUCCAGAUGAGUUGCAGGAGGAGAAGUUCGGCCAGGAGUCGCCAGACCAGCAGGAGCACUUGGCCGAUCAAUUGAACCAGAAACCGCUCCACCACUACAUUGGUGUGAUUUUGCAGUCGGUCUUGAUUGCUUUUGGUGGGUUUGUUUUCGGAUGGGACACGGGUACAGUCUCUGGUUUCAUCAACAUGACUGACUACCAGCGCCGUUUUGGCCAGAGGAAUGACGCUGGCGAGUACUAUUUUUCAAAUGUGAGGACGGGUUUGAUUGUGGGUAUUUUCAACGCUGGAUGUGCCCUUGGUGCCAUUUUCCUUUCCAAGAGUGGUGACUUGUGGGGUAGGCGUAUUGGAAUCUUGAGCGCCAUGUGUUUUUACAUUCCGGGAAUCAUUGUCCAGAUUGCUGCCCAAGAUGCUUGGUUUCAAAUCAUGAUCGGUAGGAUAUUUGCCGGUAUCGGCGUUGGCUGCUUGUCAGUCGUUUGUCCAUUGUUUAUUUCAGAGGUGUCACCAAAGCACUUGAGAGGUACCUUGGUGUGUUGUUUCCAGUUGAUGAUUACCAUGGGUAUCUUUUUGGGUUAUUGCACCACCUACGGUACCAAGACCUAUUCUGACUCGGUGCAGUGGAGAGUUCCUUUGGGCUUGUGCUUUGCCUGGGCUCUCUUGUUAUUGGGAGGCUUGAUUGGCAUGCCUGAAUCGCCACGUUACCUCAUUAGUAAGGACAAGAUUGAGCAAGCAAAGAGCUCGUUGUCGAGGACAAACAAAGUCUCGGAAGAAGACCCCGCCUUGUUGAAGGAGCUCCGGUUGGUUCAAGCUGGUGUCGACCGUGAAAGAUUAGCUGGAAAAGCUGGAUGGAAGACCUUGAUCACUGGGAAACCAAGAAUCUUUGAAAGAGUUUGUGUUGGUGCCUUGUGUCAAGCAUUGCAACAAUUGACUGGUAACAAUUAUUUCUUCUACUACAGUACCACCAUUUUCAAAGCCGUUGGUUUGGACGAUUCAUUUGAGACUUCGAUUGUCAUUGGUGUCAUCAAUUUCGCCUCGACAUUUUUGGGUAUUUACGCCAUUGAGAAGUUGGGUAGGAGACAUUGUCUCUUGAUUGGUUCAGUGGCGAUGUCAGUCUGUUUCCUCAUUUACGCCUUGGUUGGUACGCAAAGUCUUUACAUUGACGGCCCCAAUGGCCCCACCAGUAAACCAAGUGGUGACGCGAUGAUUUUCAUCACCUCGCUUUUCAUCUUUUUCUUUGCCUCGACUUGGGCUGGUGGUGUUUACUCGAUCAUCUCGGAAAUCUACCCCUUGAAGAUCAGAUCAAAGGCUAUGGGAGUUGCCUCGUCAGCCAACUGGAUCUUUGGAUUCUUGAUUUCCUUUUUCACUUCUUUCAUUACCGACGCUAUUCAUUUCUACUAUGGUUUUGUUUUCUUUGGCUGUUUGGUGUUUUCAAUCUUUUUCGUUUACUUUAUGGUUUACGAAACCAAAGGUCUCAGUUUGGAAGAGGUGGAUGAAAUGUACCAAAGUGGUAUUCCUGCUUGGAAGUCUUCAAAGUGGGUUCCACCUUCAGAAGAAGAAAUGGCAACCUCGACUGGCUACGCUGGAUACCACAAGCCAGAACAAGAGCACGCCAAUGAAGAAGAAGAGCAGCAAGGAAACUUGGUGUAA